UGGAAUAUGGUAAAUGCACUUAUUCUAAUAAUGUGCUCGUUUCCUUUACGCUAACUCCACCUCUAACGAAUCUUUGCUUUUGCGUUAUAAAUAAUCAAGAACACACCAUUUCUUCUCAUUCAUCAAAUUACAAAGAUCUCUCAUCCCAUUAUCUAACUCGGAUCAUCUAUCUCAAAGGCUUCUCAUUUUCGUUUCAUCUUAUAUUGUAGCCAUGUCUCAGACUGUGGUCCUCAAAGUUGGUAUGUCAUGCCAGGGCUGCGUUGGUGCCGUCAAUAGAGUCUUGGGAAAAAUGGAUGGGGUUGAGUCAUUUGACAUUGAUAUAAAGGAGCAAAAGGUGACAGUGAAAGGUAAUGUUGAACCUGAAGCAGUUUUUCAAACAGUUUCAAAGACUGGUAAGAAGACUUCUUACUGGCCUGUGGAGGCUGAGGCCGAGGCUAAGGCUGAGGCCGAGGCUAAGGCUGAGGCCGUGACUGAGACUAAAACCGAGGCUGAGACUAAAACCGAGGCUGAGACUAAGAUUGAGACUAAGGUUGAUGCAAAGGCUGAUGUUGAACCAAAACUCGCAGAAGCUGAGACUAAGCCAUCACAAGUUUAAGUACUAAAGAUGACAAUGAGGCUUUUUAUCUGUAUUUGAAAUGCUUCUUUUUGUCUUUUGUGUUGUUGUAAAAACUAAGAAAUUUAUGCUUUAUCGACGUACCUAAUAUUUUCAA